GUUGUGAAGAUUCUAGGGUGUUGAAAUAAAUCCUGAAAAUAAAACCCCAAAAUACUCUUAUUUUGCUCUGAUACUAUGUAGAAAUUUUGAAAAAAUAUUUACACGUUAUUUUUCUCUACAAUUAGGUGCAACAACUGACUCGUAUAUAUAUAUAAGACUUUCUAAGUACAAAUUGAGAAACUUUUUUUAUAAUAAAGAUUAUAAAUAAUUACAUUAUUAUGGAGAAAAUAAACGGUAGGACUACAUAUAGAAAAAUAUCACAGUAAUUUAGACAAUAAAAUAUUCGUGUCAACACAACCCAACAACAAUCAAAAGUACAGAAAAGUUUAUAUUAAAAUUUGCUAGCCAUCUCAUAGUACAAGAAGAGUGAGUAUGGGAUUCAGUUACGUUGGAACACAUAAUAUACACAUAUGGGAAUAAGGUGCAAUGAGGCCUGGGAAAUUGCAAACUAUCCUUGGUGUUGAGUCUGGUUAAGGUAGCCUCUAGAUGAAAAUUUUAACCUUGGAGGGAACUUUGCCUUCUAUAAUGCACUAGCUAAAAUCUCAUUGUGGCAAGAAAAAUUACAGGUAAGGUGCGAAAGAAAGACUUGCAAGAGUACACAUUCCAAAGUCCAUAUUCUACUAUCAGGAUAUGAAGAUACACAAAUAGGCUCAAGGGUAUUCUACAUUGUGUGAUAGGUGCGGAGUACAACUUUUUCCUCAUUCAGACGGGAUAGGCCACCAAAAUUUUGGACGUUUUAAUUUCUAGUAGUAAAGAGCAUUCCUGUGGGUGGUAGAUAAAUUCUUGAUGCUUCUCUUGUGGCCAAUGAGAUGGUGGAGUAUACAUGAGCCACCAGGGGAAAGGAGUUUAUCCUAAAAUUGGACUUUGAAAAAGUAAAUGAUUGAGUCAACUGGAGCUUUUUAGAUUGAUGAUGGAGAGAAAGGGAUUUGUUGAGAUGGAGAAAAUGGUUUCAAGGAUGUCUUUCAUCUAGUUCUUUUUUAGUGAUUGUGAAUGAAAAUCUUGUGAUUUUGACCCAUGAAAGGGCUCAGACGGGGCAACCCUUGUUGGCUUUUCUUUUCACUUUGGUUGUAGAUAUAUUGAGCAGGAUGUUGAUUAGAGCGACCAAAAGGGGAGUUGUGAAAGGUUUGAGUGUUGGUUGACACAAUGUGAAGGUCUCUUAUUUACAAUUUGCUGACCACAUGAUCUUAUUCAUUGAGAACGAUAAUUGGACCACAUAUAAUACCUUUACCGUUGUACUGUGUUUGAACACAUCUCAGGUCUGAAAAUUAAUUUGGGGAAAAGUGAUCUUAUAGGGAUAAAUGUGGUUGAGGCUUUAGUUAAUUAUCUAGUGGAGUCAAUUGGGUGUGAGAGGCUAUCUUGGCCUAUUGUACACUUAGGAGCUCCCUUAGGAGGGAAGCCAAGGAGUAAGACCUUUUGGGAAAGGAUAGAAGGAAUAAUUACUACGCAUCUUGAGAGUUGGAAGGGAGGUCCGUUCUCUUUAGGGGAAAAGAUAACCUUGAUGAAAUGUGUGUCCGUCUAGCAUGCCACUUUAUUAUCUCUCACUUUUUAGGAUUCUUGUUGAGAUAUCAUAGAGGAUUGAGGCGAGAAUGAGGAGAUUCCUUUGGCCUGGAGGUGAAAAUGAGUGUAGAGACCACUUAUCUAGGUGGGAGGUGCGUUAUGAAUCACAAUAUUUUGAAGGUCUAGGUAUUAGGAAUCUUAGAUCGAAGAGUCUUUCUUUACUAGCUAAAUUCUCUAUAGCACAAGAUGAUAAGCAACAUUCAUGGAAGUGACAGGGAUGGUUGGAAUGCCCUUGCAAAAACUUCUACUAUUCAUUGAAGUCCCUAAAAGGUCGUUUCUCAUAUAUAUCCUGUGUAUGGGCCACUCACCUCAAUAGAAGUGGGAAAUGGCUCCAGAAUGCUCUUUUGGGAAGAUAACUAGUUGGACCAUCAACCAUUUACCUCUCAAUUCCCAAGAUUAUAUCGGUUAUCUACUAGACAUCACACCUAUAUUUCUAGGUUCACUGUUUACACUAGGGAUAACCUAUCUUGGAACUUCUAUUUUAAUUGGAACCUUUUGAUAGGAAGACCAUUGACUUGUCCAUAUUAUUGAAUAUGCUUGAACCCAUUCACAUGAACUUGUAACCUGAUUCCCAUAUAUGGACUGUUAGACUCUUUUGGCCUAUACAUGCAAGUUUUUUUACUCUUUAUCUCAUCAAUAAUCCUAGUACCACAAACUCUCGGAUGGCCAAGGCAUUUUGGAAAGCUAGGGUUCCUUUAAAGGUGAAGGUAUUCUCUUAGAUUGUUAUCAACUAGAGGCUCAAUACCUAUAAUUUGCUUCAAAUUCAUUGCCCCUAUCGUGCCUUAUCCUACACGUCUGAUGUGCUUCAGAGACAGUAAGAUCCAUUCCUAGUUAUUCGCUUUCUACUCUUUGGCCUGGAGAAUGUGGAGUUAUAUUAUGAGGAAAUUUGGCCUUAGUUGGGUACUUACCCUUACUGUUGAUAGUUUUGUCCAUUCAAAUCUAGAGGGUGUUGCGGUGAGAAAUAAGGCUAAACCUCUUUGGCAAGAUGCUAUUUUUGCUGGACUAUGGUGUAUUUGGUUGACUAGGAAUAAACGGAUUUCAAUGAUCAGUCGGUGUCUUUGUAUGAGCUACGUGAGAGGGUUUCAUUUUUGGCAUCUCUUUGGGCUAAAGCUCACGGUUAUUUCCAUGAUUAUACUAUUUUGGAGAUCCAUGGCAAUUGGGAUGCCAUCAUUUCUAGAGAGCAGCAAAUUUUCCUGAUGGAAGCAAUCAGAGUUCCGGUCAGUCAUUUGCACGGUGGCAAACUGCUCACCGUAAUGAAAAUACCAGCUCCCAAAAUCAACAUAGUUCAGGAAACAUUCAAUUGCACCUGCAGCAGCAAACUAGAUUUCAUUCUCAGAACCAGCAGCAACAGAAUGAUUCACAGAAACCAAAUUGCAUCUCGUUACAACAGAACCAAUCCCAUGAUAGUUAUCAACAAGGGCAGGAAGUUCAAGUUUCUCCUCAGAUUCCACAAGCGAUUGGGAUGCAUAUUUCUGAACAAAAUUCUACGGUCACACAUGAGCUGGAAAUAAUGCAUAAUCAAGAUAGUGAAUCUCAAUACUUGAAAUUACAGAAGAUGAGCAAUCAACAAGCCUCUAGCACAGAGCAGUCUAAUAGCUCGUUAAAUCGUAGUAAUAAACAAAUACCAUUUGCAGUUUUGCUGCCUGCCUUAAUCCCACAACUUGAUAAAGACAGAGCAAUGCAGCUACAUACUCUAUAUGCUAAACUGCAGAAAAAUGAAAUUGCAAAGGAUGGAUUUAUCCGACAUAUGAGGGGUAUUGUAGGAGACCAGAUGCUCAAGUUGGCAAUUAACAAAUUGCGGUUACAGAUGAAUUCAAAUCAGUUUCAGAUGCAGUCCCAAGCUUCAGCACGGCAGAACCAGCCAAGGCUGGCACCAGUUAGUGCCACUGCAACAACUUUUGCUGAUUCCCAAUCAUCUGUACAGGUCCAUAAGAAAACCUCCAACAGUCCGGUAGAUCCAUCUCUUACUCCCCCUUCAACGGUCAAAAUGAAGAUUGAAUCAGGCUAUCCAACAAUAGAAAGCAGUGCUAAAAAAUCUUGGGAGGUGGAACAUAACAGAAAUCAGCAUGGAGUUCUAGCAGGACCAAUGUCUUCCUCCAAUCCGAGCAAUGUGAUUCAAGAGAGAGAACACUCUUCAACUCCUGUAAAAGGACUUAGCAAGCAAGUACAACAACAUAUGCAGUUUCCACAGGCUUCAUUUCCCAUGUAUGGGACUGGGAAUGCCAGUGGUAGUUAUAACCCAUAUUCUGGGACAAAUGUCAAUACUUCAGCUUCAUCCUUGAAAACACAACCUCAAGAUUCCCAAAUGAGACAAACUACACAUAAUCAAAGUGUGGGAUCAUCUCCAUUUGGAGGGGCUGGUCAACAUGCGAACAUGAUGAAUGUGCCUAAGUUUGAGAGCCAAAACCACACAAAUGAUCCUAGUAGAGUGCAGGGUGGUCCUCUUUCUCAUAUAUCUAAUAAUUUAUCACUGCAACAUAAUUCAGUGCCUUGGCAGGCAUCAGCAAGCAAGGAGCAGAGUUCUGGCCCUUUGUCAUCACUGACAUAUAUUAAGCAAGAAUCAGUUGAUCAGGGUGCUGAUCCUUCUGCUAAAACUGGACAAGGGAAUGCAAUUCCUAGGUCUUUAAAGGAUGAUAUCUCAGAGAACCAGUCUUCGAGAAUGGGUUUCUCGACAUCUACCAGUAUGAUGCCUUCAAGUUCUAUUUCUCCUUCCACGACAACACAGCUAGAUUCUAGUGUCACGUUGAGCUCUAGGAUUCCAUCUGUGACCUCUCCGGCUGCAAUUAAUGCAAGAAUUCCUGCAAAAAAGCCUUCUAUUGGUCAGAAGAAACCACUGGAAGAACUUGGUUCAUCACCACCAGCAUCAAGUAAGAAGCAGAAAGCUUCCGGGCCCUUUUCAGACCAAAGCAUUGAACAACUCAAUGAUGUCACUGCUGUCAGUGGAGUCAAUCUUAGGGAAGAGGAAGAACAACUAUUCUCUGGGCCCAAGGAGGACAGUCGAAUUUCAGAAGCAUCUCGAAGGGUUGUGCAAGAGGAAGAAGAAAGAUUGCUUUUGCAGAAAUCUCCACUGCAGAAGAAAUUGGCUGAGAUCUUGGUCAAAUGUGGUUUGAAGAAUAUAAACAAUGAUGUGGAGCGAUGCUUAUCUUUGUGUGUGGAGGAAAGGAUCCGUGGACUAAUAUGUAACAUAAUCAGAACGUCAAAACAGAGGGUUGAUGCUGAGAAGGCUAGACAUCGAACUUUUAUAACCUCAGAUGUUCAGCAACAAAUUAUGAUGAUUAACCAAAAAGCUAAGGAAGAGUGGGAAAGAAAGCAGGCUGAAGCAGAAAAACUGCAGAAACUCAAUCAACCUGAGGUUGACAGUGGUGUUGAUGGUGAUAAGGAGAAAGACGAAGGUCGUGUAAAAUUGGCAAAGGCAAACAAGGAGGAGGAUGAUAAAAUGAGGGCUACAGCUGCAAAUGUUGCUGCACGUGCUGCUGCUGGGGGAGAUGACAUGUUUUCAAAGUGGCAACUUAUGGCUGAGCAAGCUCGCCAGAAGCGUGAGGGAGGGCUUGAUACUUUAUCUGGUUCUUUGGCAGGUAAAGAUGUCACCCAUAAGCCUCUAUUGGUAUCUGGAAGAAACACGAGGGACAACCAAGAAGCAGAGGAAAGUGGCCAUGUAACUUCUGUUUCUGCAUCUGGAUUUUUUUUAAUCUUAAAAAUAAUUAAAAAAAAAGAGCUAGAUCAAAGGGAGAGAGCAAAAUUUGUGAAGAAAAGUCAAAUAAGAGGAAAAGAGAAAUCAAAGCUGUGGGUUCCUUCUUCUUCUGCCACGGGCAGAGCCGCACGACCACCAAGGUUUCCUUCUUCAGCCGCGCACAGAGUCGCGUGACCACCUUGGGUUCUUUCUUCCCUGCGUGCAGAUACGCGUGAAGAGUCGAUCGACCUAGCUUCUUCUUUCGCUGCGCGCAGAGCUGCGUGAAGAGGUGCGCGAUCCAGUUUCUCUUCUGCCGUGCGAAGAGCUGCGCGAACACCUCGAUCUGCCUCACUCCGAUUGCACAGAGCCUUUGGCCACGCCGUGUCAUGCGCAUAUAUGAUUUUUCCCUGCCAUGAUUUGUUUCACUUUGCAAAUUGGGUCCGUUCACGUCACCAACCUUCUUCUUCCGCCGCAGAUCCACGUAGACAAGAAGCUUUUUUGGCUGCGAUCUCCACUUCAUGCAAAUUUGCCUGAGCCGAUUGAGCCGCGUGGAGUCUAGUCUGAGCCAAUUGAGCUACUGUCUGAGUCAAGCCAUUUUCAGUCGAGUCGUUUUUUGAGCCGAAUUCGAGCUGUUUUUUGAGCCAAAGACGACCCGGUUUUGAGCUGAACCCAAUCCCUUUUUUGAGUCGAACCAAGCCGAACUGCUGCCUUAAAGAUUUGGUUCCAGUUUGCAACUUGGUCUGCAAGUUGGGCAUGCGUGAAAUCUUUGCACCAACUUGAGGGGAGGUGUUGAGUAACAUAUUUUAUUAUUUAAUUAUUUUAAUUUAUUAUUUAAUUAGUCAAUAUUAUGUAAUUAUAAUUUUAUGAGAAUAAUAAUCUCAUAUAAUUAGAAAUCUAGUAGAUUAAGAAUUUUUCUAUUUGUAAAAUAAAAAUUUUAUAAAUAUUGUAAAUGUAACAAUUUAAGCGUGAGAAAUAAAGUUAUUAUUUUUUUCCAAA